AUGGCUCCGUCGCUCACUUCAAGACCUCGGUCUGGCGACUCUCGCCCAACAAGCGGUAGCAACGACGACGACCUCAUCAUCCCGAACCGGACAUCCUCGCUCCACUCACGCAUCGCGCAGCCGCUUCCAGGCGCCAUGAACCAACCCAAGCCUGGCCAAAGGGCACCCAAGACAUUGACCCAUGCUUACAUGGUGUGCGGCGUCGGCAGAGAGCCCUCACAAUGGAUGAAGGCACCUCAGCCCAGCCAGGGCAAGAUUGGACACAUGAAAGGUGCCGUUGGCCAAUUCUGGUUGCCAGAGAUUCUUGGUAGCAGCCCCAGACUGGAAUCCGACAAUGAGAUCGCCAGGUCGCUGCACGCCGCGAUGAGAGCUUGCUUCCCUCAUGAUGUCGAGAUCUGCACUGGCAGCAGCCAACCUCACUGCGUCCACCAUGCAUUCGUAUUGCAGCAAGACUCUUCGCAUACGCUCUACGGCAUUGCCUUGCGUGUCUGGUCGCGCGCUGACGAGAAGCGUGCUGAGACGAUCCGUGACCUCCGCAAGCGCACCGAGGCCGAUUACUACGAUGCCCCUGGUGAGACCUACUGGAUCCCAUACUGCUUGAGCUUCCUCUCCCGGUAUCCUCUUUACAACCUUCUCGGCGAUUAUCUGCGUGGAAUGUGGAUCCACUGGAACAAGGCCACAAACCUUUUCCAUGCGGAAGAGGUGUCGCGCAUCCUCAGCUUCCCGGCUCCUCGACUCAAUGAUCUGGUCCGUAUCGACAUGAAGGACUAUGCGCUCUGCUACCAGUUCCCGUCAUCCCCAACAGGCUUCCAAAACUUCGCCAUGUGGCCGCUGUUCUGCUGCUUGUCCGUUCCAAACAUUGUGGGCGUACUCGAGGCCGCCGUCUCUCCCACUCGACGCAUCAUCUUCAUCUCGCACUACCCAGCAAUGCUUACUAUCGCCGCCGAAACUGUUCGCUUCAUGGUCCGUGUAUACGAGUGGAGCGGUCUCUACGUCCCGGUAGUGCACGCAAGGCACGCCAAGGAGCUGGUUCAGGAGCCUGGUCCAUACAUCCUCGGUCUUACUGCCGAGUGCAGGACACUGUUCACCGCACCUUCUGACGCCUUAGUGGUCGAUUUGGACCGUAACUUCGUUCUAACUUCGAGCCCACCGACCGCUUGGUCGGCCAAGCAGCGUACGAAACUCAUCAGCCGCAUGACCGACGCCCUCAAUGGUGACGUUGCGCCGUCUGGCGUGCCACAACACCUUCGCUCCGCUUACGGCGGCGGAAAGCUGAUUCCAGCCGGCCAGAUUAUCGUUAUGCGUGGAGAGGUUGAAAGUGUUCAGGAUCCGGGCUGGUGGAACCAGGAUGAAGUAAUGAAGGUGAUGGAUCAUGCUUGCGAGAAGUUGGGUAAAAAUACGGGGUUCAAAGCCGUUCUUGGGGGCGCUCAGAAAAAGCCUCUAAUGACCAAAGUCUCUAUGCGCCACCUAAACGAGAUUGUCCGCGAGCGCAAUCAGUACUCCCGUGACGCCAUGGAGGCCUGGCAAGACUUCAUCAACCUGAAGGGACGUAUGGAUACAGAGCUUGCGAAGGUCACGAAGCGCAACAAUUUCUUGGUCGAGGAGCUCGAGAGCUGGAAACAGCAGUUCCUCAAGUUCCAGGCUUUCGCUGAGCAGCUCACGAAGGAGACGAAUGAGCUGAAGGUCAAGAUCGAGGGUCACAAGCGUGAGAACCGCCGCCUCACCAACCUGAUCGAUCAGCAGAAGGACGACGCCGCUAGACUUGCUGUACGCUUGUCCGGCACUGAGAAGCAAAGAGACGAUGCGCUUGAGGCUCUCGUGCUGCAGCAAGACAUCGCCGAGGAGCUGGAGAGGGAGCGCAAGAGGAACAAGAAGGAUCUCUCUGCGCUGCAACACACCAAUGCCACGCUUCUGCGUCAACGCGAUGAGGCUCAGCGUGUCGUGCUGCAUCUGCGAGCGCUUAUCGAUGGUCAAGCUCAUCAUAUGCAGCAUAUUGUCAAGUCUCUCAGCGACGCCCCGGAGACUGCACCCUUCGCAGAUGCUGGGGAAGAUGCCAUGCCCGAGUCGACUAUUGACGCUGAAUCCGGCGUGAAGGACGAGACGGAGGAGCCCGAAGUUGGUGCUGUCCGUGGUGUUGGUGGCCUGACUGCCGGUCCAGACUCGCGAGGAAGCACACGCCAGUCAUCCCGUGGAGACGGCGAGCGGGCAUCCACAGCCAUGGAGACCAGAAUCCUCAACAACGCGGCAGCUCGCAAGCGCUUGUCUGAGAUGAGCAUGACUGAUGUGGCUGACCGCCACUUGCGCGACAAGACCGACGCCAUCGCGUACAUCAUCCGCAACAUCUCCGAGCAAUGCGCCGCUGCUGUCGAAGGGCUCGACCUUGCACGUCGCGCUGAGAGCGUCAGCACCGAAGGCGCCGAGGACGACCGGUCGGAAUCGUCAAAGAAGAGGAGGGGCAAGCGCGCGCUUAAGUCGUCGCUAUCGCCUCAAUCCGAAGAUGGCGAGUCUGCCGAGCACGCUUCCAACGGCUCCGAGUCCGAGUAUGGCGAUGUGCACAGCGAAAGCACUGGCUACUUGCACCCGAAGCGGACCUCUCGUGUUCCGCCGACGCCGGAUCUUGUCCACGAUCGAAGCUCGACCAGCAUGAGCCUCGGAAGCGAGAGCACAGCCGCCACGCCUCAAAGGCACAGCUUGCAAAGCCAUUACAAGAUGCAUGAUGAGGACAUUCCUGAAGUCCCUACUCGCAUCAUUGGGCACGACUCUCAUGCACAUGAGGGAGUCGGCGAUAUUGGUCCCGUCGAGCCUGAGGAGCCCGUCACGAAGUUCAGCCCGAAUGGGUUGGAGCACCGUCACAACACCCAGCCUUUGAUGGAGCAGGCGGGAGCACAAUAA